AUGACGUCGCAUCACGUGAAGUUGAAUUUCGUAACGCUACGUUUCAGACCGCAGCACGGAUUUAGAAUAUGCAUAGAGCAAGUCAGCCACCAUCCACCCAUCUCUGCAAUUCACGCUGAGUCCACCACAGGGCUCUGGAGACUGAAUGUUGCGAUACACCCGAAGCUGAGCUUCUGGGGAAAACAUAUAUCAGUGACGCCGAAGGGACAAGUAACAGUAGAGCUGUACAGCCGGAAGGAGAUUUACACGUGGAACCAUGCUGACGUCAUUAUACAUAACAUAAUCAUCGGCACGAUAUGGAUCGAACGAGUAGGAACGAUUAAGAUCGUGAAUCACUCCAACAAACACAAAGUUCAACUCAACUUUAAGAAGUGUGGAUGGUUCGGCACAGCAGGGCUACACCGUGUGGAAGGAUGCCUCACGAACAACGAGAAGAAGAAGCUGGUAUCGUUAUACGGCAAGUGGAACCAAGUGCUGUACAGUACUGACCCACAGACGUACGAGCUACAUCUAGCUAACAGGCAGGGGGAGCAGGCGGAGGAGAAAAACGGUAAGGAGGAGAAGUGGGAGGAAGGCGACGAUGAAGAGAAGAAGCCUGAUGAGAAAUGUCCCGAGAUUACGCGUCUUCCCAACUCCACGGAACUAUGGCUGCAGGAGAGACGACUGGAGAAGACGGAGGAGAACUAUUUCUUCAGUCACUUCACGAUGCUUUUAAACGAGCAGUUGUCUCCAGAGCGCAUGCGCACACUGCCGCCUACGGACUGCAGGUUCCGGCCUGACAUGAGAUACAUGGAGAUGGGAGAUCUGGAUGGCGCUACAGCGGCUAAGAGCGCUCUGGAAGAGAAGCAGCGAGAGACGACGUAUCGCAUGAAGAAAAGCGGAGAGCACUGGAAACCCAGGUGGUUUAAGGAGUGCACGCAUCCACAAACAGGCAACAGUGACUGGAUCUAUGUGGGAGGCUACUGGGACCGAAACUUCACACGAUGUCCCGACAUAUUCUAGUGUCAACAUCUGUCACACGAUGUCAGGAUAUAUUGUAGUGUCACCCUCUGUCACACGAUGUCAGGAUAUAUUCAUGUGUGUCAACCUCUGUCACACUGUGUCAGAACAUAUUGCCAUAUACAGUAUCAGGUCAUAUUGUCGGACGUACAUGCAACCGGCGUAUUGCCCGCAAAACUAUCGACUCGUGGAGUUAAUUAUAUGUUAGCCAUUAUUACUUAUUUCUUUAUGUUCUUCGUAAUUCUUACGACGAAUCUAAGACACUAAUCUAUAAUAGUAUAGUUGUACACGCGUUACAACGUUUAUUAUUAUCUGUAUUAAUACAUGUACUUAUACUUGUAUUACUACCUGUGAUAUUACAUGCAUUAAUAUAUGCAUUAUAUAUAAUAUUAAUAUAUAUAAUAUAUGUAUUAAUGCAUAUGUUACUACCUAUAUUACUACCUUUAUUAGUGUAUGUAUUACUGCCUCAUUUACUACAAUAAUUACUAUCUGUGUUACAUAUUGUCUGAAGCGGAGGCCGGACCUAAUCUAUCAGACAACAUGUUUACACGAACCUAGCUAAACAUGAACUAUACGUACGUUAUACAGAAGCUACGCGUGACAAAGCUAAACAUGAACUAUACGUACGU